AUUUUCGUCAAGGACAUCAUCAUCUACUUCGCCUCUAUCACAUUUUCACAAAAUGGUUCCCAAACAGCGCGUCGUCUCUGGCCGUCCCCAGAAGAGCUUCUUCAGCACCGCAUAUGAGGAAAUCACUCACCCCGAGAACGCUACCAUUGUGAGAAGCAUUCUGGUCUUCGGCGCCGGCGUCGCUUUCCUCCACAGCAGCCUCAGCGAGCUCCUCCUGCCUCCUAUGUAAACGGAUUCCUCACGCGUCCGCCUGUCGGUGUGAUAUGAAAUUGUCGGCAUAGUCUGGAAAUUCUACCGAUAUUGAUCACGAUGCACGGGCAACUUUCUCCCUACUUUACCUUUUGAAUUCGAUUCGAUUCUAAUGAAUACGUGUAUUAUACUGUGCGCUUCACGGGCAUAUAUGGGUUACAACGUUGUGUGACUAGGAUUAUCGUCCGGUCCAUGAAGGAUCAAGAUUAUGUGGCGUUGGAAUAGACCUGUUCUCGAAAAGAUACGGACCUUGGUUCAUAGUUGACAUGGAAGGAUAAGGGAACAAACAUGUAACUCGAGUAAUCCGUAGUCCAGGCCGAACUGGUGAGUUGGCGACAUAUCCAGCUAUGGAUUAUAGGCAUUUAUAUGAUCCUGUCUGUUCUGCGGAGAUAUAAACCGGAGAGUCGGUACAGAUGGAAGUGCCUUCUAGGUACCCUAUCGAGUGCAGCAUGGAUAAGCAGCAAGACAG